AUGACUGAAACAAAGACAGGAGAGCUAACGGAAGAAGGCGACAGAGAGGAGGACAGGAAGCCAGGACGGCGCCCCCCGCCCUCCCAGCCCCACUUACUCACCUCCGGGGUCGAGGGUCGGCGCCUGGCGCUGGGGCUGGCGGAGGGAGCCGGCUGCACGGGAGAGCGCUGCGGUAGCUUGAGCGACUGGCACAGCCCCGGGCAGCUGCGGGUUCGGGAGGCGCUUCCUCAGGCUUUGGAGCCAGAAGACUCCGUUGGCGACGACGGCAGUAGCGGCCUCUGGCUGCGGACCUCCCGCCUCCUCCCGCGGCUCCGGCUCCGACGCGCAGGCGCACCCCAGGCCCCUCCCGCGCCCACCCGGGCGGCACACGCCCACCCGUUUCUCGAACUGCCUUGCCCUCCCAGCAGCCCCCUGCCGGCUGCCUCCGAACGUGCGCACGCGCGGCGCCCCUGCGGCCUGCUCCCGCCCCUUGGCCCCCUGGGUACCUCCGCGGGAACCCCUGGCCCGCCUGCGCGCGCGCCUUGUCCAGGCGGGGGGGGGCCUCCCGCCCCCUUUCCUCCACCGUCCAAUCAGAUCGGGCGAGGGGAGCGGAGCCCCGGGAACGCGCUAGCGGGGGGCCUCAGGGUUCAAGCGCUCGCCCCGCGGCUCAGUGAAGCUUUCGUUCAGCUGCGAGUAACGAUCUUCUGCCAAUUUAAAAAACCAGGUUGUGCCUUUCUGCCUGUGGACACUGCCAGCAGCCCCAACCCCCAGUCUACAAUGAGAAAAACACCAGAAAAACCCCAGUGGAAGGAUAUUCCUCAUAAUACAGGAGCAGCACUCUGGGACGCAGGCCAUCAAAAACAAAGAAAGGUUGAGAAAAUGUCACAGUCCGGAAGUACCUGAAGGGGCACAAAAGUAAGUGUAAUGUGGUUUCCUGGAUGAGAUCCUGAACAGCAGAAGAAACAUCAGAAGAAAUCGAAGGAAAUCAAAACAGAGUGUGAAGUUUAGUUAAUGGCACUGUGUCAACAUUCGUUCCUUAGUUUUGACAAACAUACUAUGGUAAUAUAAGAUGGUACCCACAAGGUAAACUGAGAGUUACACAAGAAUGCUUUCUGCUGUCUUCGCAACUUUUCUGUAAAACUAAA